UUCACCGGCAGCUAUAAGGUCUGGAUAUUCCCACAGGAUACCACCAAGCCAAAAAGACAAUUGACUGUCUGUAUACAUUCUCUCCUGGAACCUGAUGUGUCUCGGCUUGUAUAGUGCUGACAAGUAAUCCACAGAGCAAAUACGGUCUCUUCUGCCGAGAAGACUUCUAUCGAUUGAUCAAGCUGGAUACGGACCAAAAGGAGUUCAUGUUGAUCCGCUUUCCAUGGUCGAGAGCGCGCCAGCUGUCGUUUAAUUGCUACUCGUUAGAGAGUCGUUUUUACGGACUGUCACACAUCCGAGAAGAUCUCAAGACCCUGUUUGAUACUCUCUGGCAUGGCCCUAAUGAGAUGACCAGUGGUUCAAACAUCUCCUACCUCAGAUGCAUCCAGAAACCGUUUUUGGCCAAAAAAGAGAAAUACACAAUUCGUGAAAUCGAUGACUGUCUGGUCCAAGUCCAUGUUCCGUUCGUGCCAUGGGAAGACUUUGAAGCCUCAUCAUCUUACCAAGCUGGCCUGACAUUCCUGGAUUACAUGGCCAGUUUGAGAAACGGUAUCGGUCCUAGGCAGCACGACAUGGACAGACUGGCUUUGUUAUGCAGAGACUUCAGGCAGGGUGAAAGCCCAAAAUUGGACGUUUCGGACACAUUGCACCAAGCAGAAGUUCGGGCUGGUUUCUUGGGCUGCAUUCCGUCCGGAAAGGCACUGGUCGGCGCAACUGAGCUUCUUGGAUGCAACAAUCUGGUCUCUUCCAGAUGGCGCGAUUGGCAGAAUUUUCCACUUGCAUCACCCCCAGAAUCACACAUCGCCUUUGGGUCCGGACAGAUCAUACCGUGUCUAGGAUAUAUAACGGCCAAUUGGGCAUUUGAAGAAGCCGUUGAGCACCAGUGGCAUAUCCAACUCUUAGUAGUUGACGCCGUGUUCGUUGAUGACAUGGGCAAUCCGUGCAAUUUUAUACUGUCCAACGCAUCCCUGUCGCUAGCCAAGAGCCAAGUUCGUAAGUUGACUCUGCGGGGAAUAUAUCUUGCUUUACAGAAUUCCUAAUGCUUCCUUGCUCAGUGACAAGCCCCAAGUUGCGGUUUUUCAGCGCAGCCGUCAGUCCAUAUCUCUUUCGAUACGCCCCGUUCCA